UUGCAAAUGAGAGGAGGUGCUCACAGGUGGUCUUCUAGUGAACGGAGAGUAGACCCUUGCCACAGAUAAGAUGGCUGAAACGGACGCGCUGUUCGGUGACCUGUUGGACGAGAUGGAUCUCUUGUCACAGAGUAUCGAAGCAGAGGCAGUUCUACAUCAGAGGAGCUCUGAGACAGAAGCCAUCACCUCUAUUGGCUUCAACAACCUGAAGGAGUCUCUGCACGAGCUGGAGGAGUGUGACCUGGACGCCUUGGUGGCCGGCUUGACCACCGAGCUCACCAUGGCUGAGGAGAGGCUGAGCCUGAGAUGCGCCUCCCCACAGCCUGCCCAGAACCCCGGCAGCUCGGGCAGGCUCACCUCAACCCCUACCUCCCGGUUCUAUCUAGAGGUUCCCUCAUCGCAACUCUCCACUCAAGGACACAGACCUCCACUGUCAGAGAUUGAAGCUAUAGCACAAACAAAGGCAGAAAAGAUCAAGAUGGCUUUUGAGAAGCUGAAAGAAGCCAAAAUUAAAAAGCUGAUUAUUAAGGUGCUGUUGAGUGAUGGCGGCUCCAAAACGCUGAUGGUGGAUGAGAGUCAGAGGACGCGCGACGUGCUGGACUGCCUGUUUGAGAAGACACACUGUGACUGCAGCGUGGACUGGAGCCUGUGGGAAACCAACCCACUCCUGCAGAUCGAAAGAACAUUUGAGGAUCAUGAAUGCCUUGUGGAACAUUUGUCUACAUGGAGUAGGGACACGGAAAACCAGCUGCACUUCCUGAGGAGACCGGAGAAAUAUGCCGUUUUCAGGGAGCCCCAGAUGUUUUACCUCUGGAAAAAGACUGAGACUCAAGUGAACGAGAAGGAAAAGCAAAUUCUAAUAAAGGAGAGCUUUCAGGGCUCCUCGGCCAGCGUUCCAGAUCUCGAGGGGCCAUUAUUCCUCAAAGAGAGAGGGAAGAAGGCUUGGAAGCGCCGUUACUUCAUACUACGAGCCUCUGGCAUCUAUUACGUGCAAAAGGGAAAGACUAAGUUGUCUAGUGACCUGGCGUGCUUCGUCCAGUUCGAGCAUGUGAACGUGUACUACAGCCGCGAGUACAAGCACAAGUACAGAGCCCCCACUGACUUCUGCUUCGUCCUCAAGCACCCUCAGAUCCAGAGGGAGUCCGAGUACGUCCGCACGUUGUGCUGUGACGAUGAGCACUCUCUGAGUCUCUGGGUGAGCUCCAUCCGAAUCGCCAAGUACGGUCUGCAGCUGUAUAGGAACUACCAGGCUGCAGAGCAGAGGGCUUCUGGGUCCCUCCCGGGAGAAGGACAGAUCCCUCCAAUCAACACAGCUGGCACCGCUGUCCCUGGAGGAAUUCAGUGCAAUGGAAAAAACACAGUGACACCUCCUACUUCCCAGAAAAACUCCAUUUUCCCAGUGACCACCCAGAGUUCCAGUCCCAUUCCGCCCCUGCUGGAUGAUGACUUGGAUGAACCACCCCCUGACUUUAUUCCUCCCUCACCACCAGGACGGCACUCCAAACUCAACCUCUAAAUGCACCUCCAUCCACCUGAUGCCAUGGGGGGAAUACACCAUGAUGACGAAGCACGUCUGAGUCAAUAGACCUCUGAAGUUCGCCUACAAAAAAGCUACCAUCUUUGCCCAUAUACGGAGAUCCAGUAUCUUGAGAUUUGUCCUAUGGGAAAAUAACAUGGGGAUUUUGAAUUAUCACACCUGUUAAACUCUCACAGUGACAAAGAAGACGGAAAUGCAGAUGUUUUGCUCUACACACUUUUGUCGUCUGCCUUCUAGUGGAUACUGUGAUCUUCAGUACGUUAAGACGGCACACUUUAAUUUUUGCUACCCCAGAGCUAACUAACUGCAAUGAAACUUGCCAUAGGUAGUUAGCUUCAAAUUCUGUACCACCCAGAUCUCCAUAUAUGGCCAAAGAUGGCAGUUUUUUGCACUUCAUGGGUCUAUACCAACCUCAGCGCUGCUGCCCCCUGCUGCUGAAAAUCAGCAUGGCUUCAGCUCCAGAGAGGCACAACUGGAAGACAGGAUCAUAUCACUGCUCCAUCAUAUAGCAACUACAUUGAAGUUAAAUGUAACUGCAGCACGCAAUGUCUCUGAAACAUAAAAGAAAUGGUGAGUCUUAAAAUUCCAAUUGCCCUUUUAUCAGUUAUAACAGAUAGGCCUAUUUAAAAAGAUGUCACAUUGAUGAUGCGUUUUGGACAGAGAAACAUGAUGCGUUUUGGA